UACUAUAUAUAACAAGAGUGUCGAGUCGAGUGGGCGUCUUCACAUUCUCAGCAAAUUCUAACAUUUCUUUAAGCCCACGUGUAUCAAACUCCUCCGCGCGCCAAACUCAAAUCUUAUCCGCUGCUGUUCUGUUGCCUGUUGCUGCUGCUUCAUUAUAUUAUCCCAAAAACUAAAUCACUCAAUCAUAUAACUCACUAAAAUGGUUAGUUUAAGUUUGAUGGCUUCUUCUUCUUCUCUCUCCAAUCCUGCUCUGCAUUACCAUCAUCAUAAAUUCCGAAUCAGAGCAUCUUCUGCUGCUCCUGGUGUUGAUCUCAACACCCUCCAAGCCGCUAUUGCUAAGAAAGACAGCAAUGCUGUGAAAGAAGCACUUGAUCAGCUAAGGGAAGAUGGUUGGGCUAAGAACUGGAGUUCUCAGCCGUAUGUCUCUCGUCGUACGACAUCUAUCCGUGAACUUACAACUCUUGGAAUAAAAAAUGCAGAAAAUCUGGCUAUUCCAAGUGUUCGAAAUGAUGCAGCUUUUCUUUUCACAGUAGUGGGAUCAACAGGUUUUUUGGGAGUUCUUGCUGGCCAGCUUCCUGGGGAUUGGGGCUUCUUCGUUCCAUAUUUGAUUGGCAGCAUUUCUUUAAUAGUCUUGGCAGUAGGGAGCAUCUCUCCUGGGCUUCUACAAGCUGCUAUCAGUAGCUUCUCAACAUUAUUUCCUGAUUAUCAAGAGAGGAUAGCUAGACAUGAAGCAGCUCAUUUUUUGAUUGCCUAUUUGCUUGGCCUUCCUAUACUGGAUUACUCACUAGAUAUUGGGAAAGAGCAUGUAAAUCUAAUUGAUGAAAAGCUGGAAAAAUUGAUAUACAGUGGGCAACUCGACUCCAAGGAACUAGACAGGUUGGCUGUUGUAGCAAUGGCUGGACUUGCUGCAGAAGGGCUUCAGUAUGACAAAGUGGUUGGUCAAUCUGCUGAUCUUUUCACCCUUCAGAGAUUUAUAAAUAGAAGCAGACCACAACUUAGCAAAGAUCAGCAACAAAAUCUUACCAGAUGGGCUGUUCUGUUUGCUGGGUCUCUCAUUAAAAAUAACAAGCUACUUCACGAAGCCCUAAUGAAAGCAAUGACAAACAAGGCAACUGUACUAGAAUGCAUCGAAGCUAUUGAGAAAGCUGCAUAAUUCUACAGGCAGAAGAGUUUACUUUUCCUAUAUUCCUGCCUGUAUGAAUUCUUAUUUUUUAAUUUCACAUUCAGAAAAUUAUAUGAUUUAAUGGUAUCAUAGUCCACCUUGGCCAUAUACCAUUCAUUCUGUGAA